AUGUUAACGCUUGGCCGGCUCGGUGCCGGACAUUUGCCAGUCUUUUUUGCGAUAAUCUUCACGAUAAAUUUGGGUUCCACUUAUGUUUUUGCGGUCUAUCACGGUGAUGUUGAUCCUGUGUUUCCCUACAUUUCAGCUGCCGGAAAUGAUCGACCCGAGAGUUGCUUCUUUAGUCUUCUCAUGAACAUUUCUGCGUCUCUCUCGAUUUUGAUUAUCUACUUGCGAUAUUCGCUUAUCAAAGAGCUCAUUCGAGGAUCCGAUAAGGUGAUUGAGCACGCCAAUAAAUGGUCUCUUCUCUUCGGGGUGGCUGGUGGGAUGGGAAUGAUGGUUGUUGCGAAUUUCCAAGAGUCUGCGGUCAUCAAAAUUCAUCUCGGCGCCGCUGUGACAUGCUUUGGAUCGGGUGGAGUCUAUAUGAUGAUACAAACAUUUAUCACAAUGCGAAUGCAUCCAUUGUACAACAAUCGUCGAAUUGGAUAUAUUCGAUUAGGAUUGGCUGCUUGGAGUGUCAUCACUUUCACAAUGGCUCUCACAUUUGGGACUUUGGCUGCUUCCGAGUUUCACAAAGUCUACCCCGAUCUCCCAACUCCAAGACCAUGGAAUCGAAAAGUUUGGAUGCCAGGCUACAAUUUGCAUAUCGUCUCAGCUGUUUCUGAAUGGUUAAUGGCUGUCGCUCAUGUCUCUUACAUUCUGUCGUUUUCGCGAGAAUUCGAAAAGAUUCGAGCCAACUUAAAGGUGGAAUCCCUUGUCGUCCAUCUCGACAAUUCUCCAUUAUGGCGCAGCACGGAAGAUCUUGAAAGAUACGGAUUU